UUGACCCCCCAACGUUCCUUUUGCUUUCUACAAGGCUGGCGUCCAAUCCAAUAAAGUUUGGAUGGAGGGGAUCCGGAUCCAUCAAAUAUAGCCUAAUGCCGAAUCCUUUAAUAUUCUCCACCCCAUGAAACCCGCUUCCAAAAGUUGCCGGCCUCUUUCGGCGUCUCAUCAUCGCCAAAUUUCCGGUCUUUGGGAGAACCUCUAUGACUUUCUAGGCUUCCAUCUACCCUUUCCCUCUACCCCUAGGGUUAUAUGACCUCUAGGGUUUUGAUCCAUUUUCUUUUUAUCUAGGAUUUUCCCGAUCGAUUGUUGGAUUGCUGAAUUCGCCAUUUCCACGUUCUUCUCCGUUGAGAAAUACCCUGAUUUUGGAGGAUUUUAGGCUUCACAUCUUUUGGCCGGUGCCUAAAGUUGGAUUCUUUUAUAACUUUUCGUAUAGUUUAGUGCCGGGUUUUCCUCUCUCGAGUUGGGCUUGGCCAUGGGGGAUUGGCAAGAGCUCGGCCAGGCCGUGUUCAUCGGCCUCAUCUUCUCCUUCCUCGUCGCCAAGCUUAUCUCCACCGUCAUCUCCUUCCGAGAAGAGAACCUCAAGGUUGUCCGCGAAGGGGACAUCUCUGCCGGAUCCCAGGAGAUCGAACCCGACAUCAAGAGCAAAGCCGAGGUCCAGCUUUCUUCUGUCAAAGCAGAAUCCGGUAAGAAUGGCAGAUCUAGCGUCGGCGAGGAAGGCGCUGGGGCUGCCGAGAAGGAGGGGUUGCUGAAAGGAGAGAGCUUUUUGGGAGACGAUGAUGAUAGUGACUGGGAGGGGAUCGAGAGCACGGAGCUGGAUGAGGCGUUCAGUGCGGCGACUGCUUUUGUGGCUGCAACUGCUGCUGACCGGGCGUCGGCCAAGGUCUCAAGCGACGUACAGCUGCAGCUUUACGGGCUCUAUAAGAUCGCCACCGAGGGGCCCUGCACUGCACCUCAACCCUCAGCUCUCAAGAUCACAGCUCGGGCCAAGUGGAAUGCAUGGCAGAAAUUGGGUUCUAUGGAUCCAGAAGAUGCUAUGCAGAAGUACAUUACAAUUGUGAGUGAGUUAUAUCCUUCUUGGGCGGAUGGUUCUGCAACUAAAAAGAAAGAUGAAGGUAUUGCUGCUUCUAGUUCAUCUGCACAAGGAACAAUGGGGCCAGUUUUCAGCAGUUUUGUUCAUGAGGAAGAGUCAGAGACUGAUCUAAAGCUAGACGCCAUACAUGUUUCUGCAAGAGAAGGUGAAGCUGAUGACAUUCUCAAGCAUAUAGAGAAUGAUGUUUCAGUGAACUUGAGAGAUAGUGAAGGGCGGACUCCAUUGCAUUGGGCUGUAGAUCGUGGCCAUAUUCGUGUUGUAGAGAUUCUUCUCAACAAGAAUGCAGAUGUGAAUGCUAAGGAUAAUGAAGGUCAGACCUCACUGCAUUACGCUGCUGUUUGUGAGAGAGAAGAGAUUGCUCAUUUGCUUGUCAAACAUCAUGCAGAUCCCACCUUGAAGGAUCAUGAUGGCAAUUCACCUCUUGAUCUUGGUGGAUUGCGAUGGGCUUUUAUGACCCUUGCUAACUAAAUCACCCUCGCCUUCUUACUUUGCAUUGCUCCCUUCCCCUCACAAAGCAGUACUGAAAAUUUUUCAAGUUUUUAUCUUGUAUAUGUAUCUGCCUGAUAUUAUAAGUUAUGAAGUAUGCUUUGAAUCUCCAAAGAGGUUUAUGCGAGAAUGAUCGUGAGAAGCUCAGGUCUUGAUGGCUAGACCAUGAAAAUUGCUAGCCUGUGUUCCACACGAGACUCUCUGUUUUUUUCUGAACAAAAGGUCUUGAUGGCUAGACCAUGAAAAACAGUUGUGACCUGUGUUUUUUUUUUUUCAGUCCUGGAGGAAGCGGGAUGCCUCCUUUUAUUUUUUCUUUUUCUUUUUGUUUUUUUUUAUAAAAGCAGCGGGAAGGCAUGGAGCUAUAAAUUGAUGGCCUAUCCCACUCCAAACUCUUCAGAAACGCAUCGAGGAGGCGGGAGAAGGGAGGCCUGUCCAUGAAAUAUUAUUAUAUUUCAAAAAUUAUUAUA